UCUGCAAAAACUCUAUCAGAAAAGGCAACGUUCACCAGCGAUGUUAACGAAGACAAAGAUGUGGCUGUAGAUGGGAAUAGAAGCAGGAAGCAAACUGCUUUCUAUAGUCAGAACCAGCCUAAUGAAGAGAAUGAUGAGAGACUUCUUAAGAGGCUCAGACUAAAUCAAGGUACAUGUUCCGUUUCUCCCACUCUCCUUGCCUGUUGCAAUGCUUUUCUUAUGAUUAUUUAUUUUGAUGAAUGAAUUUAAUUUGUUUUAAUUUGUCAUGAAAUUCAGGUAACAAUGGUAACCUCCUUGGACCUGAACCACGUGUUUGAGUUGCCAUGAUCAAGGUACCAGUUGACUCCCCCUGUAAUGCAGUAUAAAUGUAUUUUGGGAGCCGUGCAUCUUCAGUUUUCACUUCCUUUUUUACAUGUCCUCGAAGACUAUGGUGCAAGUGACUCAAGCAAUCCUGGUAGUCCUUCUUCACACCAAUUGGAUUGGUCACCAGCUUUGAGUCCACUCCGCAGAUCACUAGCACGAUCACCAUCAUUCACCCAUACUGAACAGCCCGAGCUUUGGUCCAAAGGCUUAACUCCAUCAGCAGCUGCCAGUAUGCAAGGUAUGAUUACACAACAUCAAGUGGCGUCAGGCAUCAAAGAAGCCAAGAGAACGGGUGGGAAGGAAAUCACAGCCAACAGUAAAGUGCCCUGGAUGUUUAGCAGUGUACUCUGGCAACAGGUCUGGACUUGGCGCUCUGGGCCAUCAUAUUAUUAAUAGUCACAGAAAGCGCGCAAUGCUCUAUAGAAGCAGGCUGCGAGCUCAGUUUAGUGCCUAUUUUACACAAGCUGAAAAAUCAGACUAAAGAUUCAUUGUCAAUUUUUCUGUGUAAGGGUGAAAACAUUUGUCCUGAUUUUUGUUUGUUUAGAACAAGUCUGAACAACUACUGUUUAGUACAUUGAAGUGCCACAACAUGGACUUCUUUGUGUACCUAUGUGAGUGUGUUAGACCAAUUAUAAUUGACAAAACCUUGUGUAUUAAGGAAUUGAAGUCAGGUAUGCUGUGCAUUCAUACUAAGAGUAAGGAGACAAUUUUAAUGAAGUGUUUAUCAGUGUCACGUUUUAUUAGGUCUUCUGUAAUUUUGUAUCUCUGACGGGUAUGUACUGCUCCCGAGAAAAAAAGUGUAGUGUUAACUGUGAUUUCUAUUGGGAUGAAAUGUGUUGCUGAAGAAAUUUACUACAACUUUCUUGUGCAGGUACAUUACAUUCAAAUGAAUACAAGACUUUUGUACUAAA